AUGGCGAAGACUAAGCCAGGAAACAAGAAAAAUAACAAAAGCGAAAAAGCAGCCCUCAAUCGCACUUCCGCAAAAUCUACAAAAGCUUCUUCACCGCCCGCGACACCAAUGGAUUUAAUACUAAAAGCAACGAAUCGUCUACAAGAAGGCGACAUUGAAGGUGCUGUGCCUUUUGCGAAGAAAGCUUUGGAAUUGGUGGAUGUUCAAGCAAUUGAAGCACUGCCCGUCUUGAAUCUGUUAGGAGAAAUUCACGUAGAAUUGGGAGAUGUCGAUUCGGCGAGACAAUAUUUUAUGCAAGCAGCUGGAAUCGAUGAGGAUGGAGAGGUGAGCGAGGAAGUUGGAGGUGGAGCCGAGAAGUUUUUAUGGUUGGCACAGUUGAGUGAGGAGGGUGGAGAGGAUAGUGUUGGAUGGUAUGAAAAGGGAGCCAUUAGUUUGAAGGCACAGAUUGGAGCUUUAUUGGAGAAGGCAGAAAAGAAUAAGUUGGAUGAGGCGGGGCUCGCUACUCUGGAGGAGAAGAGGAGGAAGUUGGCUGUGGCACUCUGCGGUGUCGUCGAAGUUUAUAUGACGGAUUUAUCGUGGGAAGAGGAUGCGGAACAGAAAUGCGAGGCAUUGGUCACAGAGGCUACUAUGGUCGCACCAAAUUAUCCUGAACCAUGGCAGACAUUGGCAAACGUCAGGAUAUCACAAACGAGAAUGGAAGAUGCGCAAGCAGCAUUGAGGAGAAGCUUAGAUUUGUGGAAAGAUUUACCUCCCGAGAGCGAUGUCGUCCCGGAUUUCCCCACGAAAGUCAGUCUAGCGAGAUUGUUGAUGGAGGCGGACAUGGAUACAGAGGCCAUUGAAGUACUAGAACGCUUGGUUGGGGAAGAUGAUACUAGUGUUGAAGUUUGGUACUUGGGUGGUUGGGGAUUGUACAUUAUGGGAGAGAAACAAAAGAACGGAGAGAACAAACAACAAGAGAGUAACGGUGAUGGAGAGAGUUGGAGGGUCUCUUGGAUUUCAAGUCAACAGUGGUUAAACCAUUGUCUUCGGCUCUUCGAGCAACAAGAUUAUGAAGAUGAGCGCCUUGGUGCUCACGCUAAGGAGCUCAUCUCGAUUUUGAACGCUGAAUUGGGAGAGGAGGUCACGAACGCCAAGGUCGAACUUGGAGACGAUGGAGAGGGCUGGGAGGAGGAUAGUGAUGAUGACGAAGAAAUGGCCGAAUCGUAA